AUGGCAAUGGCUGACAGCUUGCAGCUGGGCAGAGCCCCUGACAAGGACAAACGCUUGGAAGAUGCUGACGACCUCUGCCCUUCCGUGUGCUCCGAGAAGUUCAGCGUGUACUCGGAGGCAAGCAAUGUCUCUCGCUUGACCCAGCUCUCUCGGAAGAGCCUGGCGAAGCGCUGCCUCAGCUCCAAAGAGCUCGAGGAGCUCGAGGCCUCCCCGGGGUGCAAACGCGAAGAGCAGCCGGUGCUGACUCCUGUCCUCCUGCUCCUGGGCAGGACCGUGGACGGAGUUCGGCCGAAGCAUCUGUGGGGCAGAGGAGGCGGUCGCUGCUACGAUCGACCAGAUCCUCACGGAUGGCGGCACACUCCUUUGGCAGAAGCCUUCUCCUUCGCCUCCAAUGCUAUCUCUGAUGCUUUGGUCAGCCGUCUGCGGAUGUGCUACGUCAGCCAUGAUUCAGGGGAGACUGCAGUAGACGGGGCUCUAAGAGGCCCGGAAUGGAACAUUGAAGAUGAACCACAGCCUUGCGAGAUCGACAGCUGGGCGCGAAUGCAUUUGCCAGUUCGGCGAAGUGGGAAAGCCGACGAGGCCUCCACAUCCGGGGGAAAGCUGCCUGGCAAGCCUCGACGAGGCCAGCUUGCGAGCUCCUCGCGCCCCAAGGCCGCCAGUGGCCUGUCUUCUGUCAAGGAGAAGGCCACCGACCAGCCCCCGAGGAUGUUCAUGCUGGAGGGCGAGAACACUGUGGAUCCUGAAGAGGAAAGGAUGCGCGAGGCCAAAGCCCAAGAGGAAGCAAGGAAACGUGACAAGGAACGCCUUGCCAAGGAGUCGGAGAAGACGCAAGAGGAAGAGAGGCGGAAGGUGCAACAGCUCCACGAGGAGAUGUCAAAGCGGCCGCACACCUUCGACACUGAGGGCAAUCUCAUCUGGGUCGACGAGUUGAAGCCGGAGCGUCUGCCGAAGCUCGUGGAAGCCUUCGGCUACUCCGUGAAACGAGAGCCGAAGAUGCGGGACGACAAGGCAGCCCUUGGAACAACCAUGGCCGCCCCCAAAGCGAAGCAAAGGCCAAGGAGGCAUCGUGGAGGUGGACGAGGUGCAAAGAAAACAGACGCUUCACCAGAGUUCACCGACGGCUUCUCCAAGCUGCAGCACGGGCAGCCGCCGAUCCUCGAGACGAUGGUUGUGGUCCCGGGUGUAACUCUGGAGCAGCUUGGCAAGGUCAAGAGCGGUCCGGACGACGAGAAGCGCUUCCUCUCGCGGCGGGAGUACGUGCAGCUGGCCGAACAGGAGGCGGGCACCGGCCAAAAGCUGGGUGGCCCUCGACAGCAGUUUCCGCGGCAGAGGAUUGACAAGCAAUGGGCAAAGCUAAACACCAAGUGGAUAGAUCUCACUGCCAGAUGCCUCGGAUUCAUGGCUUCUUUCUACUUUCAGGCUUCCCCGCCCAUGCCCUCGUCGACAGCUGCAAGGGUCUCAGAAUGGCACUGGCAGAUGUGCUUUCUGCCGUCGCUCAGCUCGGAGUUGCGAAGGCUCCACCGGGUGCCAGUCCGCCUGGUGGUGAGGCACUGGCUGCAACCGCACCACCUGGUGGAGGCGGUGCGGCACUUCCCCAGAUCCCACAAGGACGAGGCCCCGCGGCCGUCGCAUACCCAGGCCGAUGUCUUGAGGGAACAGAGUGGGGUCUCAAAGCGAUGCAGCUCUUGGCAGUGCCCGACGAGGCAAUACCCCUGGACGCGAACCGUCUACAGGCGAUCCUGCCUCAGAGGGAGAAGAUGGCGGGCGGCUGCGGCCAGAAAUGUCCGGGUGCCUGAGAAACUGGGCCCAUUCAAGCGUGCCGCAAAUUUUGUCAUGGCGAAAGCCCUGAGCAUCGCAUGCCUGGGCGUGCUUGGCUUCGCCGGUGCCCACAAGCCGCGCACCGACGUGGAGAAGGCAUUCGACAAGUUCUUGAAGGAUUUCAGCAAGGACUACGACGAAGUGGAGAAGCAGGCUCGCUUCGGUGCCUUCGCGGACAACUUCGAGUACAUCACACGUGAGAAUGCCAAGGGCCAUUCCUACCAGCUCGGUUUGAACGAGUUCUCGGAUUUGUCGCUGGAUGAGUUCAAGAUGAACAAGCUCGGGCUGAAGCUUCCAGAGUCCGUGUGGGGAGAGCUGCCGAGCUUGGGCAUGCACAAGGCAGGCAAUUCCUCGCUGCCCAGCUCCGUCGACUGGCGCAGCAAGGCCGUGACGCCUGUGAAGAACCAGAAGCAGCUCAUGUUGGGCAUUCUCUACGACGGGCUGGUCGACUGCUCCAAGAAGUUCGGCAAUGAGGGCUGCAGCGGAGGCCUCAUGGAUAACGGCUUCAAGUACGAGGAGCAGGCACCUGUGUGCACGGAGGACAGCUACCCGUACUUGGCCAAGAAUGGCAUCUGCAAGGCCUCCGGCUGCAAGGUGGGAAUUCCCGCGCACGGCGUCACCGGCUACAAGGACGUCAAGGCCGACGACGAGCAGUCUCUGAUGGACGCUGUCUCGAAGCAGCCUGUGUCCGUGGCCAUCGAGGCAGAUCAGAUGGCCUUCCAGCUCUACAAGGGCGGAGUGCUCAGCAAGACCUGCGGCACCAAGUUGGACCACGGCGUGUUGGUCGUGGGCUACGGAACCGAGGACGGCAAGGACUACUGGUUGGUGAAGCCUGCUGGCUGCAAGAGGAGUUUGGAUCCACGGGUCGAGAGGAACAGCUGGGGAUCUACGUGGGGUGAAUCCGGGUAUGUGAAGCUGGAGCGUGGCAAGCCGGGACCUGGUGAGUGCGGCAUCAAGAGCCAGGCAUCCUACCCCGUUGUGUCCGGCAAGGGCCCCUCUCCAUCUCCAUCUCCUCCCUCUCCUCCGUCUCCCCCAUCUCCUCCGACUCCCAGCACCAGCCACUAUGAGAAGCCGCCGUGCCAGAAGGACGAGACCCAGGCUGAGGUGGAGGGUGCCGGUGGCAGCGUGUGUGCCCCCAAGUGCAACACCGGCUCCUGCCCAACGGACGUCCCAGAGGGCACCACCGCCAAGCCCAUGUGCAUCCUUCAGGACGAGAGCAGCGGCGACAAGUACUGUGCCCUGGCCUGCAUUGUGGGUGGCUGCCCCGAUGGCUCCAAGUGCGUUCACCUGUCCAGCCUGCUGGGUGUCUGCAUCUAUCCGGACUCCAGCUCCAGCAUCCCAUUCAAGCGUGCCGCAAAUUUUGUCAUGGCGAAAGCCCUGAGCAUCGCAUGCCUGGGCGUGCUUGGCUUCGCCGGUGCCCACAAGCCGCGCACCGACGUGGAGAAGGCAUUCGACAAGUUCUUGAAGGAUUUCAGCAAGGACUACGACGAAGUGGAGAAGCAGGCUCGCUUCGGUGCCUUCGCGGACAACUUCGAGUACAUCACACGUGAGAAUGCCAAGGGCCAUUCCUACCAGCUCGGUUUGAACGAGUUCUCGGAUUUGUCGCUGGAUGAGUUCAAGAUGAACAAGCUCGGGCUGAAGCUUCCAGAGUCCGUGUGGGGAGAGCUGCCGAGCUUGGGCAUGCACAAGGCAGGCAAUUCCUCGCUGCCCAGCUCCGUCGACUGGCGCAGCAAGGCCGUGACGCCUGUGAAGAACCAGAAGCAGCUCAUGUUGGGCAUUCUCUACGACGGGCUGGUCGACUGCUCCAAGAAGUUCGGCAAUGAGGGCUGCAGCGGAGGCCUCAUGGAUAACGGCUUCAAGUACGAGGAGCAGGCACCUGUGUGCACGGAGGACAGCUACCCGUACUUGGCCAAGAAUGGCAUCUGCAAGGCCUCCGGCUGCAAGGUGGGAAUUCCCGCGCACGGCGUCACCGGCUACAAGGACGUCAAGGCCGACGACGAGCAGUCUCUGAUGGACGCUGUCUCGAAGCAGCCUGUGUCCGUGGCCAUCGAGGCAGAUCAGAUGGCCUUCCAGCUCUACAAGGGCGGAGUGCUCAGCAAGACCUGCGGCACCAAGUUGGACCACGGCGUGUUGGUCGUGGGCUACGGAACCGAGGACGGCAAGGACUACUGGUUGGUGAAGCCUGCUGGCUGCAAGAGGAGUUUGGAUCCACGGGUCGAGAGGAACAGCUGGGGAUCUACGUGGGGUGAAUCCGGGUAUGUGAAGCUGGAGCGUGGCAAGCCGGGACCUGGUGAGUGCGGCAUCAAGAGCCAGGCAUCCUACCCCGUUGUGUCCGGCAAGGGCCCCUCUCCAUCUCCAUCUCCUCCCUCUCCUCCGUCUCCCCCAUCUCCUCCGACUCCCAGCACCAGCCACUAUGAGAAGCCGCCGUGCCAGAAGGACGAGACCCAGGCUGAGGUGGAGGGUGCCGGUGGCAGCGUGUGUGCCCCCAAGUGCAACACCGGCUCCUGCCCAACGGACGUCCCAGAGGGCACUACCGCCAAGCCCAUGUGCAUCCUUCAGGACGAGAGCAGCGGCGACAAGUACUGUGCCCUGGCCUGCAUUGUGGGUGGCUGCCCCGAUGGCUCCAAGUGCGUUCACCUGUCCAGCCUGCUGGGUGUCUGCAUCUAUCCGGACUCCAGCUCCAGCAUCCCAUUCAAGCGUGCCGCAAAUUUUGUCAUGGCGAAAGCCCUGAGCAUCGCAUGCCUGGGCGUGCUUGGCUUCGCCGGUGCCCACAAGCCGCGCACCGACGUGGAGAAGGCAUUCGACAAGUUCUUGAAGGAUUUCAGCAAGGACUACGACGAAGUGGAGAAGCAGGCUCGCUUCGGUGCCUUCGCGGACAACUUCGAGUACAUCACGCGUGAGAAUGCCAAGGGCCAUUCCUACCAGCUCGGUUUGAACGAGUUCUCGGAUUUGUCGCUGGAUGAAUUCAAGAUGAACAAGCUCGGGCUGAAGCUUCCAGAGUCCGUGUGGGGAGAGCUGCCGAGCUUGGGCAUGCACAAGGCAGGCAAUUCCUCGCUGCCCAGCUCCGUCGACUGGCGCAGCAAGGCCGUGACGCCUGUGAAGAACCAGAAGCAGCUCAUGUUGGGCAUUCUCUACGACGGGCUGGUCGACUGCUCCAAGAAGUUCGGCAAUGAGGGCUGCAGCGGAGGCCUCAUGGAUAACGGCUUCAAGUACGAGGAGCAGGCACCUGUGUGCACGGAGGACAGCUACCCGUACUUGGCCAAGAAUGGCAUCUGCAAGGCCUCCGGCUGCAAGGUGGGAAUUCCCGCGCACGGCGUCACCGGCUACAAGGACGUCAAGGCCGACGACGAGCAGUCUCUGAUGGACGCUGUCUCGAAGCAGCCUGUGUCCGUGGCCAUCGAGGCAGAUCAGAUGGCCUUCCAGCUCUACAAGGGCGGAGUGCUCAGCAAGACCUGCGGCACCAAGUUGGACCACGGCGUGUUGGUCGUGGGCUACGGAACCGAGGACGGCAAGGACUACUGGUUGGUGAAGCCUGCUGGCUGCAAGAGGAGUUUGGAUCCACGGGUCGAGAGGAACAGCUGGGGAUCUACGUGGGGUGAAUCCGGGUAUGUGAAGCUGGAGCGUGGCAAGCCGGGACCUGGUGAGUGCGGCAUCAAGAGCCAGGCAUCCUACCCCGUUGUGUCCGGCAAGGGCCCCUCUCCAUCUCCAUCUCCUCCCUCUCCUCCGUCUCCCCCAUCUCCUCCGACUCCCAGCACCAGCCACUAUGAGAAGCCGCCGUGCCAGAAGGACGAGACCCAGGCUGAGGUGGAGGGUGCCGGUGGCAGCGUGUGUGCCCCCAAGUGCAACACCGGCUCCUGCCCAACGGACGUCCCAGAGGGCACCACCGCCAAGCCCAUGUGCAUCCUUCAGGACGAGAGCAGCGGCGACAAGUACUGUGCCCUGGCCUGCAUUGUGGGUGGCUGCCCCGAUGGCUCCAAGUGCGUUCACCUGUCCAGCCUGCUGGGUGUCUGCAUCUAUCCGGACUCCAGCUCCAGCAUGAAGCUUGGAGUCGCGCCAGAUUCCAGCGAGAUCACGGUCUGA